AUGGCGCGAACACCUCCCAAGACGGCUCAAUGGAAUCUUGACUUCUCGGACUCUCUAGGAUCACCAUUUGUCGAUGCACCCUCGACCGACUCUGUGACGUCGACAUCGACGCUCCAAUAUGUCAACUCACAGCUCAUUGCACACGGGUUCGCUCACUCCCCAGGUUUAUCUUUGGACGGGUUAUCAAACGGGGACUCGGAGCAAGUCGUGAAAUGUUUGUUUGGUAUGUUGAGUCAAAGAAUGAUUGAUAUGAACCGUACAGAGGAGUUGACCACAAAACUUAGAACUCUGUCCUAUGACCACGAGAGACUUACUUCUAUGCACCAUACAACAAGUGAGAAAGCUGAGAGCGCUGAACGCGAGACUAACCUUUUCAAAUCGCGACUUGCCUCUGCAGCACGCACUAUUCAGCAAGCUGAAGCCGCACACAAGCACACCACUGGAGAGCUCCAGCGAACACGCUCCUCGCUACAAGCCCUUCGUGCGGCUCAUCAGACAGAACUAAAGAAGAAGGAGAAAGAUAUAGAGCGCAUGUCGGAGAGAUGGUCUAAGCUCUCAGACACACAGCUGAAACUCGGAUCCGUCGGCAGCGGCAUGACAGUGAGAAGUGCCAACAGCGCGAUCGUCGAAGGUAGACCGGAGGCCGUUCUCGGUCGAGGCAAGGGCCUAGUCGAGACGGCUCUCGACGAAGCCGAGAAAGCGAGCAGGGAGCUGCGAGAGGAGAAUGGAGAGCUCAAGGCCCUUAUUGUUGAUGUCACUAAUGCGAUUCAGAAGAUUCUUCAUAAAGCAUUGGGAGGGGAGCCAGACGACGAUAACCAGCCGACGCCCUUGGGAAUAACUGACCUUUUCCCACUAGGACCUGUCGACAUUGCCUUCGAAAGACUAAGCUCUCUCCUUACCUCCCUUCGCAGUACUGUAGCUACCAUUCUCGAAACAAGAGGUUCCGAUGCCGCCGCGCCCACGGACAACUCUGUUGAUGAGAUUGAAAAGCUGCAGCAAACAAUCACCACCUUGCGCUCUGAACUUGAAAAAGCAAAGGAAUCUCCGACAUACAAAGCAAAGGCGAAGGCGCUGUUCGAUCGGGACGAAGAGAAAGAACGUCUGGAUCAGAAACUGUCCGAGGUCGAAGCGCAGAAAACAGCCUUCACAGAGGCUGUUACAAGAUUGGGUAAAGAGCGAGCAGAUUUCCAGGCUGAGCGGAUGAAAUUCCUCGAGGAGAAGCGCUCCUGGGGCGUCCACUCUACACCACCGGAACCAAAAACUGCGUCCGAUGUUCCCACAUUGUCUUCAGAACCCGACUUAAUCCCUCCAGAAUCAACGAUACCCUCACGCAAAUCCCCGCGCAAAUCCAAAGUAAAGAUAAGCUCCCCGCGCAAGUCCCCGCGCCGGUCACCUGCCAAAGUGAAAACAAAAACCUUCCGCAGAGUGUCAUCAACGUCGAGCGCCGGGCUUCCACCAUCGUCGCACUUCGUCCCAUCGUACGAGACCGAAGUCAUACCGUCCACGUCGCUCAUGCCGACUUCAUUCGUGCUGCCCCCUCCUUCCCCACAAUCACGUUUCCCUCCAAGAACCAGCGGCAUACUUGGAGCCUUUAACGAGGUCGAACCGCUGAACUUGGGCUUGCCUAAAGUCGUCAUCUCGGAAGAGCCAGCACCACGUCGCGCAUCGAGAGCCGAAGACGUCUUGGAGGGCAUCUCCGAGCCUCUGCCAGACACUUCCUCUAAACCAUCGCAUCCCCAGCCUUCCUCGUCGGCCGCCCCCACUCACUCACCAGACAUGACCGAUGAAGAACUCCUCAAUGUGCCUGCGCCCGUCCCAAAAACCCCUCGCGCGUUCCCGGUGGCGAAGCCUUUCGCGCAACGCAUGAUCCACGCCUAUUCCCCUGCGAAGCCCAGUCCACUCAGUCGAAUCCUGCUGCUGUCGGACUCGCCAGAGGGGGAUCUCGGAACGAUGCACCUCAAGGACUUGGUGCCCAUGGCCGGGCUCACAGUUGCGGAAGUGAACCCUUCUUCUGCCUUUGUGCUCCCGGUAGAGGACGCCGACAACCCACUACUAGAGAAGCGGGCGGAUCAGACUGCGAACGCUCAGGGUCCACAGAAAACGGAGCCCGCGACCAAGACCGCCGCACCGGCUCGCGAUCCUGUCAAAAAGUCGCUCGCUCCUGCGCUGGAGAAGGAACGGGACAAGGCGAAGGGCAAGGACAGGGCGAAGGCCACCGCUCCAUCGGCCACUGCGCGAAGUAAGACCCCCACGGGUGUCGGGGAGAAGGAGAACGUCACGAAACGCGCCCCAAAGGCCUCGACGAGCAAGGUCCCGCCGGCUUCGAGUGCAGUUACUACCAAGACCGAUUCCGUCCCAACCUCGCAGUCCGCCGCUGUUUCUAAUGUGACAACAAGGGGCAAGUUCGGCGCUAGCAAUAAGCUCCCACCAAGCAGAAGCGGCCCCAGAAGAGUGCCUAUUGAUAGCGCCGAAGCCGCUCUGCCGAUUGGACCGGGGUGGAGAGGCUAAAUGGUAGCAUCGCCUACAUUCGGAUCUAUUUCUCUCCUUAUAUCCAUGUUAUAUGGCGUAGAGCGUGUACAAUCGGCGCGUGUGUAAUUGCAACAAUACCCUCCAAAUCC